UUGAGUGGCAGUAGACAGAGCAUAUAACACUUUACCUGUUUCAAGGACGUCAGAUGCUUUUUCCUCAGCGAGACUGAAACAUCACUAAUAUCACAAUCGUAGGGGAUAGAUUUUCAGUCUGGGUCAGGUGCAUCGUAUGAGCUACUAGAUGGCAUCGAUUUCUACGAAAUAUUGGGGCAAUGGAAAGGAUUUCUGGGGAAUGAAUUGGCAGUACGAUCCACAAUGGAUAUUGAACGAAGAACAGAGAGAGAUACAAUUGAAACUGCUGGAAUGCUGUCGUACAGUGAUCAGACCUAACGCAGCAAUAUGCGAUGAUACUUAUACAUUUCCAAGGAAGAGCAUGGAUGCCCUGGCUUCCCUUGGUCUUUUGGGACUUAUCGUGCCGAAAGAACUUGGAGGCCUGGGACAGAAUCACGUGUGUGCAGCCAUGGUUGUUGAGACAAUAGCACGAUAUGGUUGUCCAAGCACUGCUAUGGUCUAUGUUAUGCAUUUAGGUGCAGUCGCUUCUUUGCUUUUCCGACAUCACAAUAACAAAACAAUCCAAGAUCUGCUCAGGAGACUUGACAAUGAUAAGUUGAUUGGCAGCCUGGUGUUCAGUGAUCCCGCAACAGGCGGACAUAAUUGGUUUCCAUUCAACUCCAAAGCUAAGCAAUAUGAUGACGGCACCAUUCAAGUUUUACGUUACGGUGCAUGGGUAACAAGCGCUGGAUUUGCAGAUUUCUACGUCGUUGAAAGCACAAGUCCAUCAUUCGGAGGAGACUUUAUGAACCUGAGUCUGUUCCUUAUGUUUAAGAAUGAAGUCCGUUCCAGCACCGACGACUGGUCAGCGUUGGGCAUGCAUGGUAACCAAUCCAGCCCCGUUGUUUGUGAAGGUCUAUUGUCACCGGACAGACUUGUUGGCUCAUUUGGUGAAUUUCCAUUAGCUGCACAUGAAGUCAUCGACCCAUACUUCCUUCUAUUCAGCUCGGCCUGUUGGAACGGCAUUGCCCUGGGUUCUAUUGAUAUUGCCAAAAAACACGUGAUUAGAACGGAACACGUUGAUAGGGGAAUGCGCGUGGCGGACUAUCCAAUCAUACAGGACUACUUUGGCAAAUCUCUUACGGAAACCAACUGUAGCCGUAUGAUGUUGUUCAGUGUGGCACAAGCCAUGGAUCAAGUGACCAAUGAUAAUGACUGGUCCAUAUACGAUCAACCACUCAUGGCACCCAUUCGAGGUCAGUUCCAUCAUUGGUGUUUUCAAGUCAAAAUCAAAGCUGCUGCCAACGUUAACGCUGUCACAGAUGAAAUGAUGCACGCCUGUGGCGGAGUUGGAUACAAGAAAGAACUAGGUCUAGAACGCCUUCUCCGGGAUGGCAAAGCAGGAUGGAUGAUGGGUGCUAGCAACGAGGUGCUCAGACAAAUUGUUGGAAAAACGAGCCUGUUUGGUCUUGAAGUCUUGGAUCUCUGGGGAAAAGUUUCCGACACACGUGUGCUUAAUUCAGAACUGAGGAAGCUGAGUGCUGAGGAAAAGAAAGAACUGGCUCGUAAACUUCUUAUUGAAGCCAGUAAUGAAGACAACGAUUUCAACCACAACAUCGAGCUUCAGAAUUCCUACCAAGAUUCAGAGUUUGAAAAUCCAUUCAACACAGGUCCUCCAACGAUGCAGAAAUCUUUGGACAUGCAUGACGGGCUGCCCCACGACCCUUGCCUCAAACCUGACGAGUUCACCGCCCUAAAACUGUACUCAGUAAAACCUCUCGGGGAAACGAUUGCCGAGUACACAUUUUCUCUACCCCAGGCCACAGACUUCACGGGAUGCUUCCCUGGCCAAUACGUCCUAAUGAGGAUUGGGAAACAUCAAAGGUUUCUCUCCCCAGUGUCGCGCGCAAAAGAAUUGGGUAAAAUUUCCCUCUUGUUGAAACAUGAGACCAAUGGAAUAUUCUCCAACUGUAUCCGUGCUCUACAAAUCGGUGAUACCGUGGAUUUUCGCGGACCUUGCGGUGGAUACGAGUAUCAACCUAACUCUACCAAGUAUUUGACUCUGGUAGUUGGUGGUAUGUCCUGCCAGCCGGCCAUUCAGAUUAUUCGUGAAAUAAUGGCUAAUCCUAAAGACCAGACCUCUGUGACCCUGGUACUUUGUGCUGCCAGACCAGCUGAUAUUCCUUACCUCCAAGAAUUGCAGAAAUACGCUUUACACGACAAACGCCUUACAGCUUCGUUCACGGUGUUUGAAGUCGACUGCGAUGAUUGGAAGGGAGGAGAAGGUUAUAUCGAUGCUAAGCAUUUGUCUAGUACCCUUCCCCUCCCCACAGAGUCCAGCCAUCGUGUGGUUGUGUGUGGAGGGCCCCGAAUGGCCCUGGGAGUACUCCAGGGGCUUAGAACGCUGGGUUACUCAAGUGAGAAGAUCUUUGUGUACGGGCAGUUUGGGGUUCAACAGAUCAGGGCUGUUUAUGGAAAAUGUGCAAAGCUGGCAGAGCACAGGGAGACUCACAUUAUCAACGGAUAUCAUUAACCAAACGUCUCUAUACGGAUUACCAGAAAAUAACCCUGCCUCUGUGUGCUUAUAACUGAAGAAGUAAACCUCGCCAUCGACAAAAAAAGGAUACCAGGGUUUUCCAAGCUUCUUACAUCCUUCUCUGUACAGUGAGACAUAGAGAGACAAAGUGAAAGAGUUUUUUUAAGUUGAAAACAAUUAAUUGUUCCCACUGGAUCGAAUAGAACUGAACUCGAAAAUUAACUGUGAUCGCUUACGGUCAAACUUGUGCAAAAAUUAAUAAUUUUGCAUGAUUGGUGCGAUUGACUCCACAAGAAUGUGAUUAUGUUUUUGACUACAAGGAUUUUAUUCAUUAUCACCUUGAUUAUUGAUGCUUCUGAUCUUUUGAUCAACAGAUGAAAUCAAGUUUUUGAAUAAGUUUAUCAAGUGAUAAGACCCUAUCUUAAUCCAUGAUAUAUAUCAAUAAAUGUGCUUUGAACAUGGCUAGUCAAUAAAUAUAUACAAAAGAA